UCACGAGUAAUGGCGAUGCUAUGAAAUGUGAUGUUUAAAGUGAUAACCUUGAAACCAUAUUAACUUUUUCAUUAUAUUUUUCUCUAUUAAUUUAGAGUUAAGUAGUCUUUUGUGAAGAUCUUCAUGUUCAUAUAAGAAUUCGGGGGAUUAAAUUAUAACAGACAAGAAUUUCAUUUCCUCCAAGUGGAGAACAUGUGGUAGUUGCGUUUUCCUGGCUUUAAAUGCUCGUUGACGGGGCAUAGGAAAAAUUAUUGGAAUAAAAUUAUUAUUUUCAAAGCAUUUGAAGGCGAUGACUGAGUUUAUUUCAUUUGCUAAACUAUUCGAAGCCCGGAAAACUUGUUUUAUCUCUCCUAUUUCAAACGCAAUACACGAAUUAAGCAAAACUUAAAUGAUUGAACAAAACUUCUAAUGGAUAGCACUUUUCGAACAAAGUCAUAUACAGCUGAUAUUCAUGAUAAGGUUGCAAGAAUAUAUUACAGCCACGGACUCUUCUGCUCUAGUCAUCCAUAUUCUGUUAUUCUUGUUACAGUAUGCAUCCUUGCUCUUUGCUGCUAUCCAAUCCUGUACUUGCCAUUAUUGGGAAGUUCAUCACAACAGUUUUCAACACCAGUUCAAAGUUUUGUUCCCCCUGAUAUUGUUUUAGAUGAUGGAGAAAACUACAAAUUUACUGGACCAAGAUGGUUCCAAGGCCCACCUGUCAGUUAUAUUCAACAUAUUGUUGUAAAAAGUGCUGUUUCACCUUGGAAAUCGGACCUGAUUUUAAUUGAUGCCUUUCGAGCACCAUUAUCCAUUGCUUUCCAGAUUAAUGAAAUUUUAAGAAAUCAUCAAAUAAAUCAAGGAACUGCUAAUCAUACAAGCUUGGAAGAUUUGUGUUUACAAGUUUCUGAACCCAUUGAUAAACAAACAAUAGAUGUCCUCCCUAGUUAUGGUUGUUUGAUUAUCUCUCCAAGUAAUUUAUGGAAAAAUGACUUACUAAGAUUUAAAAAUGAUCCUGAUAUUAUCAAAACCAUUUUUGCAGGAAAGUAUUCCAUAGAUCCAGCCAGUUUUAGAGAAGUGUUAUUUGGAGUUCCGUUCAAAGAAACUGGAAUUAAAAAGCUGUUUAUGCGCAAUCGUCCACGAAUCAUAACUUAUGCUUUUACAGUGGCUUUUCAAACUUAUAAUGCCAACUAUCUUAAAAGUUUAUCUGAAUAUUUCAAAUCAAGAUUUGAAAAUUAUCCAUAUCCUGAAAAUGUUUCUUUUAAUUUUGAAGACAGCAAUAUUGUUCACAUUCAGUUUCAAGAUUUACACACAUUGGUUGAAUUUGUACCACUGGUUAUUGCUUACGUUGUUCUCUUCCUGUACAUAUAUUUUUCUGUCUAUAAAAUUGAACUUGUCAAAUCUAAAUGGAUCUUAGCUAUCAGUGCAGUUUUAACAGUUGUCAUGUCAUUAUUGAUGUCAGUUGGGCUCUGUUUGUGGUUUGGAUUAAGUCCUACAUUAAGUGGAAGUGAAAUUUUGCCAUAUCUUAUUGUUGUUAUUGGAUUAGAAAAUAUGUUGGUGCUUACAAAAUCUGUUGUUUCUACUCCAAUUCAUCUUGAUGUAAAACUUCGUGUUGCUCAAGGUUUAAGUAAAGAAGGCUGGUCCAUUACAAAAAAUCUACUAACUGAAUUAGCUUUAUUAAUGAUAGCAUUUCUGACUUUUGUUCCAAAAAUUCAAGAAUUCUGUUUAUUUGCAGUGGUUGGUUUAUUGACUGAUUUCUUUCUACAGCUAGUAUUUUUUGCUACUGUCUUAUCUGUGGAUAUUCGAAGAAUGGAAGUGACAGAUUUACAAAGGAACUGUAUUCGAGAAGUUACUGGUGUUCGUAGUAAUCAGUUCAGUCGAGUAAAUGAAGAACAAAAUUCAAGGAAUCCACCUCAAGCUAGAUUAAUGCCUGUUAGUGGAGGAUAUAAUGGUGCAUUAAAAUCCACAAAUUAUGCAACAAAAAUUUUUGCGCCUCCUGCUACACCCAUGCUUGUGAAAUUGCCAAAAAGAAUGAAAUUUAUAUAUUUUUGGGCUAGAACAAGAAUGGUACAAAGAGGUCUAAUGGUUUGUCUUGUUAUGUGGAUAUUUCUGCUUGUUUACAGUUCUGGUCUUGUGGAAAAAUAUACAGGAAGCUCUAAUAUUGUCAAUAAUCAAGUCAUCAACCCUUUGAUCUCAAGUAUUUCUCAAAAAAUAAAUGCUUCAUUUCCUGCCCCAUCUGAAGAACCAGAAAACAAAUUGUGGAACUGCACUGACCAAAUUGUAAAAGAAUUUGCAAGGAACAUUGAUAUACGUUUGAAACAUCAUAACUUGAAUGUCUGGCAGUCUCUACCCCCUCAACAUUGGACUAACUUAUUUGGAUAUUAUAACAUCUCUCUUUCUGGCAGAUUCAUCAGCAUCUUGCCUCCCUUACAUAUUUCUGUUGCUGUUGAUCCAAAUGAUGUUGUUGAGCUACGGAACCCUGCAGAUUUGGAAAUUUCUAGAAAAUCUUAUUGGCAGUUUUUGUCUUCUGGAGAAAUAAAAGAUGGAGAUAUUGAUGAUUUAUUGUCAAGAGAUCUCCCCUAUCAUCCGUCCUCCCCAGGUGAAGUAGCAAUAGCCAUAGCAUUAGCAGUUCCCAGUUUGUUGUUUUUUGUCUACUUAAUGGUUGUAUUGUAUCGAUGCAUGUGCUCAAAACACUAUGCUGAAUGGCGGACAUCCUGGAAAAAUUCUACUGGCUUAGAAUCAAACCGGGCAGGUUAUUCAGAGAGUGCUGCAGAUGCAAAUUUGGUCAUGGAGACUUUUCCAUUAAAGCUGUGUGGCCACUCACAAGAUCUGGAAUAUUUAUGUGCUGAUGACAAUACUGUUGUAAGUUCUUGUUUGGAUGGAAACAUCAGUGUUUGGGAUGCAAUAUCUGGUGAAUGUCAUAUUUCUAUAAGACGUUCUAAUGCAAAACUGCAAAAAUCUUCAAGUUUGAAGAAUAAUGAUAGCUUCUCAUCUGAUUCAACAUAUAGCUCUUCUCCUCAAUCGGACGUCGGUGAUAAUGUAAAUUUCUGCAGGUCAUGUAAUGCAUCAACUAACCAAAGAUCUCCAGCACCAUCUGAAAAUAGUUCUUGUUUUCCUAAACAUUUCACAUUUGAUACAAGUCAACAUUAUUUUGAUAAUGACAGUGCUUCUAACCAAAAAUAUGACUUUAGUCGCUUUGCAUUAUCUCAUGACAACUCGCUUACUUAUUCAAACUGCGAAGGUGUUGAAUAUCAUGACAAUCACAGUGUUGCUCAUGAAUAUCAGUCCAGUAGAGACACUAACUUAGAAUAUACUGAGAAAGGAACUAAAGUUGUACAUUCCUCAUUAUCUCAUCAAGCUAUCUGGAGCUUAGAUUAUUUUGGAUCUUGUAUAGCAGUUGGUUGCAAAGAUGGGCGUAUUGAACUUUGGAAUGCCUUCUUGGGUAAAUUGGAGUAUGUAUAUGAAGAAUGUAAAAUGGGAGUUACAGCUGUAUGUCUUACUUCUGACAGGUUAAUUGCUGCACGUGUAAGUGGUUUGUUAGAAUUCUUUGCCAUAGAUAAAUUCAUCAAUGAAACAUUACCAUCUCAUCUUUCGCAUGCAGGUCAUGCAGUUCCUGAUUUCCAAAGCUUCACAGGUUCAGAGUCAAUACGUUGUUCAUGGAUUCAAAACAUAAAAGCACAUUCAAUGACAAUUUCUGUGUUAGAAGUUGAUGGAAGUCUUGUAGUUUCUGGGGGAUAUGAUCGUCUAGUUAAAGUGUUUCGUAGUGAUUCUGCUGUCUGUAUAUAUAAUUUACAUGGCCAUACUGCUCCUAUUUCUGUGUUAAACAUUGACCAGUUUUCACCCUCAUCAGCAGCAAGUGGAUGUCAAGAUGGUCUUAUAUGUCUGUGGGAUCUCAUGACAGGCACUUGUAUGUAUAGUUUAAAUGGUCAUCAUGGUACGGUAAUGAGUCUGUUGUCUACUGAUAUAUAUAUGAUCAGUCAGGGAACUGAUAAUCAUAUCUGCAUUUGGGAAAAAAGUCAAGGUCAUUUACUUCAUAGUAUUUCACUGGAUUUCAACCUUCAUAGCAAUAUCAUGCUUCUCACAAAUAACAUUAUGGUCACAGCAAAAGAGGAUAAUCUUGUACUGUGGGAUGUAAAUCAUGGUGAAGCUCUUCGUAUGAUUAUGGUGGGUAGUGGUGACCAUUCUACUCAUGUUCGAAUGCUCAGAUUAUCUGGCCAAUCUGUUGUUUGUGACUAUGGACCUCAAAUUUUUAUAAUAAAUUUCCCUGCCAUAUCUGAUAAAUCUGAAUAGAUUGUAUCACUUGACCAAUUGAGAAUCCUUCCAUUCAAAUUUUAUUUUGAUGUAUGUUUUUAAUGUAGUCAUUUCACAUUGUAAUGUUGAUAUAUUUCUUAUCAAAUGCUGCUUCUUUUAUUUCUUGUUCAGAAAAAUAAAAUAUUCUGUCUUUUAAAUAAUAUAAUUUUAAAAAAAAUCCAUUUUGUCAAAACUUUGAAAUGCAUUUUUACCAUUUUGAUAUUUUUGUUGGUAUGUAUUUCAGUAAUGUCUGUAAAAAGGGGGUGGGAGACUUACAGUAUGAUACUUCAUGGUUACAUAAUGUUCACCAAUUUAAAAAUAAUAAUAAUAGUUGUGCAUUGAUAUGGUAUAUAAAAAAUAAUCAUAUGAUGUUCCUGUUCUGUAUAUUUAUUGUUUAUAUAUUUUAUUUAAGUAGGCAGGGCAUUUAAAAGAGCAAUAUCUUAAAAAAUGCCAGUGUAUUUAUAAUUUUUAUGUAUUUAUGAAUUUUAAAUUAUAUGUAUCUGAUUCUGUUUGCAAAAAAUUCAGAUACAUUUCCGGUGUUUUAUUUGUUUAUUUUUUUUAUAUUUAAAUCUCUUUUUAAAAAAUUUAUUUAUAAGGGGACACAAGUAUACUGUAAGUCAUAUAUCCUUUGGUCCUAGCUUUAUGAAAGUGAUGCAUUCUUUAUUACAUGUUGUUUUUAAGUCAAUCAUUUGUACAAAUGUUUUAAAAAAACUUAUUAAUUUAUAAAAUUGUGCUCAUAAUGCGUGCAAAUUCGAUGAAUUUUUAUUUUGUCAUUUCUGUGCUUUUGCUUAAUGUUAACCUUUUCCUUUUAAUAUGUUGGUCAUAACUGUGAAAUUACAGUUAAGCAAUAUGAAGUUUGGCUGUUUGAUUAGAAUAUAAAUACUAAAUGUAUUAUGGUUUUUUAUAACAUUGCUGAAUAUUGCCUUUUGUUUCUUAUUAAUUUUCAAUUAAUUUAUGCACAAAAUAUUUUCAAUCCUUUUGGAAUAGUGCUUAAAGCUUUUUCUUUUUACCUUUUUAAUAUGUUAAACUGUUUUAAUUUUAUCUUUGUGCUUGGUAAGUUAAUACCUUAGAAGGGUAGUGUUUUUAUCAUUUUUAAAAUGUAAAUAUGUUCGUGCAUUGGAUACAUUAUUUAUAAUAGAUUCUAGUUUUAAUUUUGCUUUGUUUUGCAUUUACUGUGCAUUUUUGUAUAUUCUGCUGUAAUAGUUUAAUAUUAAUAUUCAUUUAAUAGCUAUUAAUAAUUUAUUAUAUAUAAGCUAAAAUUUAUUUUUAUUAAUAUAAUUAAAUAAAAUGGAAAAUGUUUUAGAAAGCCUUCCCCCCCCCUUUCAAGAGAUGAAUGCUAUUUCCAAAAUAUAAGCAGUAUGGAAAUAAAUAAAGCAUUUAUGAUGAGUUGAAAAUUAGAUAUGAAAAGAACAUUAAAAAAUGAAUUUAUAUGACUAAGAAUAGUUUCAUAUUUUUGGUUUCCUAUAUGGAAGAAACAUUUAAUUUAUAUAGGAAAGAUUAUUAUUUGUAUGUCUUUAAUUUACUUUCAAAGAUAUUUUAUCCUGAUAUAAAUAAGAUUGUCCAUUUUGCUGACAUUCUUAUAAGUUAGCGUUUCAUAAUUUUUAAAAUAUAGAAACAAAUUCCUUCUAAGAAUAAAAAUCUCUUGAAAUUUCAUAAUGUCUUAUUUAAUUGGUUUUAGUAUGCAUGUGAUAUUUCAGUAAUGACUAAUUUCUAUAAAAAAAAAAUCAAUUUAAAAAUUGUCGUAUACAUUUAUUGUUAUAAAACAAUUUAAAAAGAAACAGUUAUGAUCCUCCAAUAAUGAUAAUAGGAAAGUAUUUGGUGAUAUCAUUCACUUUAUUAUGUUAAUGCUUGGUUGCCCCUUGUUUUAUUUAUGUUUAUGAAAUUUGAAUUAGUUUCAUAAUUUAAGUUUUAUCUUAAAGGCUAAUUGGUAUUCAUUAAUCUAUUUAUACUAUUAUUAUAAUAUAAUUCAAAAAUUCAAUAAAGUUUUAUUUUGUUUUAGAAUUUAUUAUUUUUAUUAUUAUAAACCGUGAGAAAUACGAUUGAAAUGAAUACUGUACAAAAUUUGUAAUACAGUUUACUUAUAAUUUCUCUAUGAAUUUGUGUUGUUUGCAUCUAUAUGCUUUUAUCUUCACUUAAAUUUCUAAACCUCUCAAAUAAUGCAGAAAUGCUAGCACAACUGUAUGUUAAAUGUAAAAUUCCUGUGAUAAAUUAUGGUUUAUUUAUAUGUGUGUAAAUUUUACUUUUCUUUUUGCUUGUUGCUUUUGUUUGUUGUUAAAAACUGUGAAAAAUUCCUUUAACUUGGAAAAUUUGUCUUCUAAAUGUGCUUUUU